GAGAUGAGGGAGUGUUGAGUGUGCUUGAUGUACCUGGAUAACAAGAGGGUAACUUACCUGUGGAGUUCCAUACUGAAUCAGCAACGAGCCUCAGGAGUUUCACGAGAAGAACAAAGGAAAGGCAGUGACAAAGACUAAGUCUGUCUCUCCAGGAAUGGAUGUGGGGAUGUUGGAGAUCCCUGCUGAGCUGUCAGCCAGACUUCGCAGUGCAGCAGGGAGGCCGCCAUCAUCAGGUGUGACAGAGGUCGCACCUCCACAGGUGAAGGCAGAACACAAGCUCACCCUGCCUCUGGAUAUAGACAGAUACCCAUUCUCUCGCUAUGCCAAGUCCAUAUUAAAGGAUACAUGGUGCCAGCCUCAGGGAUACCCCCUCCAGAGCCCCCUCACCCCUCUGGAGCCUGAAGAUGCCAGAACUGCCCUGGAGAUUUACAAACUGAUCUUGCGUUUUACAGGUGAGUCAGACCUCACUGGCUGGCAGGAGCAGAUGUUGGGUAACUACAUAGUGGAGAAAGGUCAGAGCCGGCCAGCCUUGAGGGACGAGAUCCUGGCGCAGUUGGCCUACCAUACGUGGGGUCUGCAGGAGGAGCACGGUCUGAGGGGCUGGUUGCUGCUCGCCUGCUGCCUCAGUGCCUUCACACCCUCACCAACGCUGGACAAACCCCUGCUCAAGUAUGUGUCAGAUCGUGGUCCAGGGGAGUACCGCUCACUGUGCCAACACAAACUGCUGACAUCUCUGCAGCUGCCUGCUCCCACUGUCCGAAACUACCCCCCAACCCAGCUCGAGUGGACCACCAACCAGAGGAAGGGCACUAUGCUGCUGGAUGUGCAAACCUUCAAUGAUGAAAAGCUGACGGCUGAAGUCGAGUCAUGGACCACAGGAGAGCAGCUGGCCUCGUGGCUUCUUCAUUUUAGAGGUGUGACGGAGGCGGUGCAGGGCUGGUCGGUGUCUCUCCUGACUGAUGAAGGCUGGUCAGACCUGGCCGGCUCAGACUUUGUCAUGGAUCUUCUGGCUGGAGCUGAAGCUGAAGUGAUGCCACCGCCAGGGACUCCCUCCUCUACAAACUCUGACUACCUGUUCAGCAGCCAAGGAGACAGAAUGCCAGAUCUGGAUUUCAUCCCACCAGCACCUCCAAUGCAAGCUCCUGGGCUGCCUCCUUUUGAGGGACGCCCCUGGGGAAGAGAUUAUCCACAGGAAGCCAGAAAAAGAGGUGGACUUAGCAGAUCCAGAUGACCUGCAGUCUUUCAGAGAUAAGAGGGAAUACUUCCAGAAGAUUGGGACUCCAGGCCAAUCCAAAUCCCAAAAGCCUAAGCCAGCCACCCCCGGCGCACCCAGACAACAGAAACCCUCCUCGCCAUUACCUCCUCCAUCACCCCCCCCUACCGCACCUAAGCCUGAGGUGAAGCGUCUUCACAGUCCUCCUGCCAGAGAAGCAGACCCCCCAAAAGAAGCACCUACCCCAGCUCCCCUCACUAAGCCUCAGCCCGAACCUACCUCCAGCAUCCGGGAAAUCAUCAAACUGUACAACAGCCGACCCCAACCAGAACCCAAACCCUUUGAGCCUGUCAGACCUCCUGUACGGCAUUUUGUAAAGAAGAGUGACCCCAAAGAGGAAGCUCUGGCCAAACUCAAAAACAAAGCACCAGUGCCACAAGAGAAGAAACAGUGGACGCCUCCUCCACCGCUAGUCAAGCCUAAGAGGGAGCCCCCUCGUCCAAGGACCCCCUCCCCGCAGCGCUCUCCUCCCUCCACCAGGGGCCGCGUCAUCUCCAGCAACAUGAAGCAGAAACAGCGCUCCCUGGGGGAUCUGUUUGGCUCGCAGCGCUCCCAGCACCCUCCGCCCACUCCCCCCGACUCCCCCCCACCUCCUCCGCACCCGGCACCCAUCCUUCGGGACAUCCCCGACCCGCCACUAAUGGCUGCCCCAUCUCUCAAUGAUGGGAUGCUAGAUGAAGACAGCAUUCGCUCCCAGUUCCACCGCUUUUCUGCUGGCGUUUACUUCUCUUACUCCAACAUGCCGGGAAAACUGUACCUACGAAAAGAAGUGUUCUAUCCCAGAGAGAUGUUCAACCGGCCCUACAUCCUCAAUUUGCUCUGUGAACAGAUUAUGAGGGACACCUAUUCUGACAGCUGUAUGAGGAUCAGCAGAGAGGAGAGGAGGAAGAUGAAGGACCUGCUGGCAAAUUUCAAUGUGGGAACGAGUAUAAGCACCAUCCAGAAUGACAACAUGAAGAAGAGGAUUGUCAUCGCUGCUCGAGACAACUGGGAAAACUACUUUACCCGCCUGUUCCCUGUGAAGUCGGACAGUGGGGACACACAGGUUUUGGGUGUGUCUCAUCGGAGCAUUCGUCUCCUGAAGGUGGUCAGAGCAUCAGGCAUCAACCCCAAACACCUCCGUCUGCUCAGGAGCUACAGCUUUGCAGAGCUGCUGUCAGUUGACCUCCAGGGUGCAGACAGAGUGGAACUAGAGCUCAAGAGUGAGAACUUGGUCCUGCAGUCAUCCAGAGCUCCUCAGAUCACUGCCAUGAUCCAGUUAUUCCUCCAGGAACUCAUCAGGGACUCCGGCCAUGUGGUUGCCCUAAAGAGUUUUGUGACAGAUGACAAAAGUCUGCUCAGCUUCAGCAAGGGUGACGUCAUCAAACUGCUGCCAAUGGAAGGGCUCCAGAUAGGCUGGCGUUUUGGCACCCUGGGAGGGCGCUCUGGUCUUUUCCCAGAGGACCUCACCCAGCCUUCCGCGGCCCCGGACUACCAUGCACUCCACCUUGAUCGAAGAGAUGACAGGAGGAAAAGCAUGAGGACUGCUAGACCUGCUGGUCCAGCCAAGGGCCCAUCUUCAGUUCCUGUCAUUGGAAAUGUGGGCAGCGCACAGAACUCAAUCCGGAGCUCAGUCCAUGAAUUUGAGAUGCACUCAGCCAUGGCUGAGUUUGCCACCAAAUACUUUAGAGUGGGGACUACAGGUCUGCCAGCCAGUGGAAGGAAUUUUUCAGAGACUGUUCAACACACAGAGGUCCUCAUACAGGAGUCCCUCAUUCUCUACAAUGAUCCUGAACUCAAUGAUCUGUCUGUCCAGUGCUUCACAAACCUGAUGCAGUUCAUGGGUGACAUGCCAGUGAAGAAGAAUAGCAGUCACUUGGACUGCCUGAACAACAUCUUACUGUUAGGGAAAGAAAAGGAGCUGCUGAGAGAUGAAAUCUACUGCCAGGUCAUCAAGCAAACCACCAACAACCCAACCAAAUCCACAUGCACACUCGGCUGGCGCCUGCUCACCCUGGUGACCGGGUUCUUCCCCUGCUCUGCUACUCUGCAGCGUUACGUCACACAUCACCUUCAAGAAAUCUCUCAGGACCUUGAUCACCCAUACCAAGAGCUGGCCAGUGUGUGUCAGGAUAACCUUCAGCGUUGUCUUGGUUUUGGCGGUCGCCGCAACCUCCCAUCCCAUGUGGAGAUGGAGGCCAUUCUGGCUGGCAAAACGUCUCUACGAAUUCCUAUCCAGCUGCCAGGAGGAGUAGAUUUCCCCAUCAAGAUUCGGACCUUCAGUAUGGCAGUAGAUGUGGUAGCAGAGCUGUGUAAAGAAAUGGGCAUCUCAAAUUCCACAGAAAUCAAAGAGUUUUCCCUCAUCGCCAACCGACAUAUAAAAGGGAUAGUGCGUCCCAUCCAUGCUGAGGAGUAUCUUUUCGACUUCCUGCUGGAUGACGACUCCAUCACCCUGUCUCUGAGAAGAGUGAUGUGGAGAAACCCUCUGUCCUUCAACAACGACCUUUAUCUGGAGUUCCACUACCAGCAGCUCUUAGGUGACUACUUGAGUGGCCGGCUGACGCUUGCUCUCGCUGCAGAUGGUUCUCCACCAGUCCAGCAGAUAGCAGAGCUGUCUUCCCUGCAGCAUCUGAUUCACGGACUGACACACAUGCCCUUACUGGCGGAGGUAAAGGGGUACCUGCCCUCACAGAACGUGCUCAAAGGUAAAGCUGAAGAGAUCCACUCUUACUGUCAGGCCCAGAUGAUCAACAUGCAGUCCAUCAGCCCUCAAGAUGCCAAAAUACAAUUCAUUGAGUGUCUGAGCACCCAGCCUUUGUUUGGCUCUAACCUUUUUUUGGCCCAGAAGGUCAGCCAGCAUGGCUGUCCCUCCCCCUGUAUGAUCAGCAUCAGCCAGGAGGGGGUGCUGUUCCUGCACCCCAAAACACAGGAGCGAGUGUUUCAGAUUCUCCUGGCAGACGUGCAGUCCAUGCAGACUAUCCCUCCCAAGAAAAAAGGCAAACCUCCAGCUAUGAACAUCAGUUAUGGCAAUCCAGUUCAUCCCAAAACGAUCACCAUUUAUCUCAAAGAGGCUAAGGAAAUGUGCCACAUCCUUGCUCUGAUAAUGGAAGAGUCGAUCCGACCAUCAGUCAGCAGCUCCAUUUCAAAUCACCUGUAGACACCACACA